UUAAUAAUGCAAACAAGAAAAUUUUGCAAAGCACCACCAUCCCCCUCAAAGAACCCCCAAACAAACCAGAUCCAGUACUCUUGUAACCAUAAUGUUAUUCAUGUAUUUUCUCUUUUAAAUAGUGCUGUUUUCCUGAUGUCAGUAUUCCUGAGUUUUCUUUGUAGGCCGACCAGAUGCAACCUUCAAUUAUUUUCCUGGAUGAGAUCGAUGCCCUUGCUCCUGUAGGCACCGGUAAACAAGACCAGGUUCAUAGCUCUGUUGUAGGAACACUUCUGGCGCUAAUGGAAGCCUUCACUGGCGGAAAGGUUGUGGGAAUCAGAGCCAUCAGCAGACUGAAAUCUGUAGAUCCUGCUUUAUGGAUCCUCCUGGACACUUUGUACAAGAAUUCCACUUCAACUUGCCAAACAAAGAGGUCAGAACUUCAACUCAGCCUUAGUGCUUAUAAGGCAAAGUGCAUUUUUAUAAUAAACCGCUGUAAGAAGGCAGCAUCACAGAGCAGUGCAAGUCUCCAUCAGCAGUGUCCAGCUUAGACACCAGAGACUUGUCUGGAGACUGCAUUUACUGUGAAGGCCAGACCUGUUCCUGGGUGUGCAUGAGUAAGAUGAUCUCAGCAGGUAGUUAAUUCUCUGAUCAUUUUUGGUUUCACUUUGACCAGUGAUGGAAAUGGGAUGCUGCCACACACCAAAAUGUUUAAAAAAGAAUGAGUACAUGAAUUAAAUAUAAAGCACAGCUGUAGCAUCUUGAAGGUGAAAGAAAUGGUAUGCACUCAAGAAUUCCUUUUGGAAACCAAAGCUUUGAUCAAGGUGGGUGCUGGAGCAAAUUAAGUGUGUUAAGAAUUUGACCUUCUUAACUUGUACUUAUUAACAGAGACUUGGACUAAGAUGUAAAGUAAGCAAGCUUGGGGACCUUCUUGCUCAUUGGCAACAGCUAAGCCAAAAAAUGGCUAUGUAGGAACCAAAAAGCUUUGGGAUGGACGUGGUUUAUGGGGGACAUAAUGUGCAAAACUGGAGCCCUGGUUUUGUAGUUUUUCUCUCGCUAUCACUGACACUUCUUAGCACUUUUUGGAAAAAAAGGAUGAAAGGCUUAUUAGAUUGAAGGCUAGUGAAAGUGCACUAAACAGCACAUUUAACACAAACAUUUUCCUCCAGUUUUUAUCUGCUUCCAGGAACAGAAGAUGAGGUGCCAUGAAACAGAUCUAAUACACAAUUCCCUACUAUGGAAGAAUUCUAAAAAUCUGCCAUAAUUAAUCAGGAAAUAAUUCAAAGAA